AUGAGCGCUUCUGGCCAAGGAAAUUUGCAGCUCCAACGCGUAAAUGGUCUCCCUGAGGCGUAUUCUGGCGUUACUACGGUGUGGCUACUAUCUACGCUAGGAGGAUCGCGUAAUAUCAACACGAUCGGGGUCAAGAAGAAGGACAUCAUAUCUGUUUCAAUUCCCAAAACUUGCGAGGCUCUUUUGCAGAACAAGUCAGAUUACACUUUGAGGUCAGCAUCCAACUUGUUGUAUGGCGUCACCGUCUGCUACGGGAGGAAAACCGACUACGUCUUGGCAGACGUCAACAGCGUUAAAUCGCAGUUGCAGAGACAGCUCUACGAAGCAACCAGAAAAGCAUCAGUGUUAUCACUGGCAAAGGUCAACCAUAGUACGAUCUUCGAUGGCGUGCACGAGUACCGAAACCUGCGAGAAUUUCAAGAAAUGCAGUCGGUCACGGCUAACGCGCACGAUCGAAGGCGUCGUACCAAUGCGAUCCUGACAGACGAUCCAGCUUUCGACAUCAACCAGACAAGAGAUAUGUCGUUCCUGUUCGGCAAUAAACGCCCGCAAAAUCAGUCCGCAAGCUUGAUUCACCAGCGCGACAUCUUGGACGAGCUUCAAAAUGGCUACAGCUACGAAACAGGCCCCGAUGCUGGCCCUCACGACCCAGGUUACAAUCAAAACCGAAACUUUAUGAAGCACCCGGAUUUCUCGUCCCUGGACGCAGACCUGCAUUUGGAUUUCGACGACGUGCUCAGUGAGGUAGAGAUGGGCUCUACAAAGGCCAGGAGCGUAGGUAGCCACGACUUGUCCGACCGUGACGAUUUCGACCUGCUGUUUGGUGACGACAAAGUGGGGGAAACGAACCACACAGACUUGCCAGAUCUGGAUUUACAGAUCUCAGACCAGGAGCAAGAUCAAGAUCAAGAAUCGGAAAGAAGACCGCGUUCAAACAACGGCAACACAGACUGGCAAAAAAUAGCCACAGCAAAUCCAAGCAAGAGGCGGAAAGUUGGGCCCGGAUCUGAGAAUCUGCUCAAACUUAAAAUUGACGAUACGAUCGGCCUGGGCAAUGACAUUCUUCGGGAAAACAGCGGUAGAUACUGCGAGCUCAUGGAUUCUAAAACAAAGGCGACCAAGCAUCAACCCAGCACUCACAUUGAUCAAAAUAGAUGGAGAAGCGUGCUAUUCACAGACGAGGGCCCCGCUUUUCUUCGUCUUUGCUUUGAACAGCUACUUCUGACCGCAGAUAAUGACGAGUCUUUCUUAGAAGAUGGUACUUCCAGUCUAAGCGCUGUUGAGCGAGGUCGUCAACGAGUACGUUCAUUACCGCCAUCAAGAUCUAGCAGUAGCGUUGCAAGCGCGGAAAGGGGAAGGCGAAUGGGUCCAGCAGACCUUCAAAGGGUAGGUGACGACAAUAAUACCAAUUCUUUUGUCCUUCCGGACCUUCAUGAGAUUGACGAAAAUGCUGAGCCCGAGGAUUAUGAUAAUGGAUAUGACGGGAUGGGAGAGGAUUUCAUGAGAAUUGACUUACAGCUUCCUCCCUCUAGCUUUGGAAGGAGCUCCAGUAGAACAGAACCCGGCUCGAGAGAUCAAAUUGAAGAGCUGAGGCGAAUGCACAGUGAGAGGCGCACGCAUAGAAAUAACACGCUGGGUAGCGUCGAGGACGUUGAUGAAAGCUCAGCGGAUGUCGAAUCAGCCGGCUCUGCAGCCAGAGAACAUACCCAAAACCAGAUUUUGGACAACCAGACCCGCAGAUUCUACGACUACAUCUUUGAACGUGCGUCCUUCGUGGGAAAAACGACUAGAUCAAACCCACCUUUUAUCAAAAAGCUUUUGUUUGAGGACAUCAUUCCAAGUAAGGCGAGCGUUGAACUUUCAUCGGUCGAGGCAGGAGAAGGCGUUAACCCUGUCACCAAGAAGAUGGCGGCUAAUGCUUUUCUUUCCGUCCUCCAGCUAGCAUCGAGGACGUACGUUGACAUAAAUACCCUCGAACCUGUAUCAGGGUUCAACAGCAUGAAUGGCACGGAUAUUGUCAUCAGCGUUUAG